UCCCAGAACAAGUUUCCAACUUAGAGGAGAAGAACGGAACAAAAGAGAGCCUCUCUUUUCUUCUCCUUCUCCCUCGUUUCUUCCAUCUCCCGUUCAAAUAAUGUAUGCAAACCCACCGCCGCCCCACUACGCCAUGUUAGAGAACAACCAAUACUACGGAAAUGCACCUCCCCCGGUCUACCAGCACCGGAACCCCCCACGCUACGCCAACCACCAUAGAAAAUCCGUAUGCGGUGGAAGUUGCUGCAGAUGCAUUUGCUGCUGUUGUUGCUUCCUUUUUCUCCUCAUCUUCAUCCAAGUUGCCGUCUCGGUCGCUUUGUACCUUUAUUAUGAUCCCAAAAUCCCAACGUACAAGGUCGAGAAUCUUGCGGUUAAAGCCUUUAAUAUUAUGCCCGAUUUCAGCCUCAACACGGAAUUUCUUCUGUCCGUCACAGCCCAAAAUCCCAACAAAAGGGUUGGAUUUAUUUACGGUGAACGGAGUUGGGUGGUCGUCACUUAUUCCGACGCUGUUCUUUGUAGUGGAAAGAUCCCAAAUUUCUAUCAGGGAUUUGAAAACACGACUCUUAUGCAAAUUGGUUUGACUGGGAAAUCCGAUUUUGGUUCAGGACUGCAGCAGGCUUUCACAGAUAACAAAAAUAAUCACAAGAUUCCGUUGCUUGUGAGGUUGAAAGUACCUAUUAUCGUUGUUUUGGGACAAAUUCACCUCAGAGAAUUCAAAGUUUUUGUUAAUUGCUCUCUGGUCCUCGACAACGUGUCUCCCAACAAGGACGUUGGUAUCAUAUCCAAAAAUACCACUUUUAAUGUUGAAUUUUGAGGUUAGCAGGUCUACGUAGUUGUUUACAGCAGAAUUAAUUAGCUUUU